AUGAAUCCUCAGAGCACGGAGGAUGCUUGCAGAAACGUUAGAUGCUCCCCAGUGAAGGUGCUUCCCCGGGCUGAGGCCAUUCGCUCUAAGCUGGUCUGCAUGUUCUACCUGGUGGAUCACCUCCAGAGCCUGAGCCAAGCGACCCCCCGACACUACAUCAAGGAUUUCCUUGAUCCCAGGAAGCAGAGGAAGCUGUUGCUCGCUGAUCAUAACCAGCUGGUCCGUUUCAACAUCAGUCCCAUCAGGAAGACCCUCAUCACCCCAGAGAAACACCUGUGUAGCCACAUUGAUGUCCGCAGCAGCCCCUGGCCUCCCCUCGCCCUUUGGGCAUCCUGGCUCCUGCGCAGCAUGGUCUUCAGAAGCUUCAUCAUCUUCCUGAUCUUCCUGAACACAUUUGUCCUGAUGAUAAAGCUGAUGAAGAGGACCAGCAUGAGCCACACCAUAACCACUGCCCUGGAGGUAGCAGUCUGGGUCAUUGCUAUCAUUUUCAUCAUUGAUAUUGCACUGAACUGGCUGGUCAGCUUCAGGGGCUAUUGGAAGAGUGGGUGGAACAUCUUCGACUUCACUAUCACCUUUGUGUCACUCAUCCCCGAGUUCUUGUACCUCUUCCACAUCGCAGAAGAGUCUGUCUCCAAGAGAGUCCGCCGUGUCUUCCGCAUCCUCCGCUCCUUAAAGCUGUUCUGCAGGUUCCAGCAGGUCCGGCGGAUCAUCAUGGCCAUAGCAAAGGCCUUGAAGGCCAUGACCUACAUCCUCCUGUUCCUGCUCGUUUUCUUCUACGUGUUUGCUGUCUCUGGUGUCUUCUUCUUUGAGAACUACACUCACUCGCACUAUGCAGAUCGAAACUACAAGGACUACUUCAGCAGCUUUUCCAAUGCAGUGGUGACUGUCUUCAUCCUCUUCACCAUGGACCACUGGUAUGACCUGCUCCAGGACACCUGGAAGAUCCCCAAUAUGAACAAGUUCAUCAGCGGGACCUACAUCAUCCUCUGGCUGCUGAUCGGGUCCUUCCUCUUCAAGAACAUCAUUGUAGCCAUCAUGGUGAGUAAUUUCCAAACCAUCCGGAGCGAGCAGAUCGAAGAAGUGCAGCAGAUAGAAACCCAGAAACAAGUGGAUUUAUUUAAAAUGCAAAUUAGAGAGAGGAGACACAGCCAGUCCUGCACAGGCCUCAAGAGCUCACCCAGAGGCUCUGCCAGCAGGUUACAGGACCUAGAGGCAGAGCAGGGCAAAAAAGCCCCCUCUGUGUCCAAGAGCUCUGAACUCAAGCUGCCAGCAGAGCAAGUCACGAAGGGCUUCCUGCCCAAGGACUUGGACUGGGAGACAUAUAUCCACGAGAACCUGCAGGGACUGAUUGAUGAAAAUGAAGAUGUACAAGUAGUCUGGCCUCGUGAUUCUCUCUUCCGUUACUUGGAGCUGCUGGAGCAGUUGCAAUAUAACCUGGAGGAUCGCAAGAAGCUGCAGAAGUCUGCUGUCUUGACACUGAUGAACCUGGAGAACAAGUGA